AUUAACCGGGGGCACUUCGACAGCAGGCAAAAAUCAUGUAGUAAAUAAGCUGCUGUGGCUGUUAGGGGACCGGUUAUGGCACACUGAAUUUCGCCGCUGUAUUAUGUUGCAGCGUAAUGGAGAUUUACUUGUUAUUUUGUAUUUAAGGUGACAGUUUUUAGAGGGCCGCCGCUGAUGAGGCGAUGAAGUGCAGAGAAUGAGAGCGGUGCCUUGGCCUGCUAGUGCUGCUGCAGCUGGGAUUGUGCAGAUCCGCUUUCACAAACCGAGAAAAACACUCGCUUUGUGCCACAUUAUCAAACAUCCAUUGUUGGUUUCACGCUGACCGACCUCUAAAUGGAUAUAGCCAUGACAACAUGAAUCAGUCAUACAGACAGGCUGUUAAGGGUUCAGCAUUUGGUACUGGCCAGCCAGAGCUGAGGCCCCGCAAUGGCCUUGUGAGCACUUCCUAUGGAAACCAAUGUGGCAUUGUGAAGCGUGUGUCAGACCAACCGUCAGCUGUGCAACUGCCAUCCUCCAGUCUCAAACAGCCAGCUGUACUGGGCUACAAUCAGCCAGACCGAACUCACUGCUACAGCCCGCUGAGGAGGCUGCAGGACCAUAACACUGUGGUCAACAGGCCUGACCUAGAGAGGGACCUCCAUCCUAGGAACCACUUGCAGUGUGCAAGCCCAAUUAGUGAUGAUGAUGAGUUUGAGGCACCGUCAGUCCAGUUGCCUCCUUCUCCAGGCAAUGAUGACAUGGAGCCUUUUGAGACUAUGCAGGACGUAAACAGAAAUGGCUUCUCACCCCAAAGUUCUGACAGCUUGGAGCGCUGCUCUCCCAUCCCAAAUGACUACCUGCAUUUUGAGUCUACGCUGUUUGACAGCAAUGACGUUAAGGAAGAGGACGAGGAGGGGGAGCACAACAGUAGCGACGACCUGGCGCCUUUUCACAACUCCCAAAAGUUGAGUCAGGAACGAACUGUUACUGACAGUAAGACCACAUGUGAUUCAGGGGGGGACAGAAGAACAUACAAACCUACUGUCUUUAAUCUGAUGUCCAAAACUAUAUCUGAACUCAACCCUACACUAAGCCCCAGUGCACUGCCAGAAAUCACUAUGAGAGAUGGGUGGAGUUUGGGUGAGGAAUCAGACAGUGAUGGUGAACUUGGCUCUCCUGUUGACCCUGGACUUAUUUCACCAACUGGCACCAACUCUAAUUCCAACAGCCCAAAGAAAAAGCCUCUUCCUGCAGUAAAAUACUUGGAAGGGGACUUGGUGUGGGCAAAGUUCAACAGACGACCCUGGUGGCCCUGCCAAAUCACCUGCGAUCCAGACCAGGGGAGCCACACUAAGAUGAAAGUUCCCAGUCCCCGUCCUUGUCGGAUGUAUUUCCUGGAGACGAUCGGAGAGAUUAUAGAAUGUGCCUGGGUCCAAGGGAAUGUCAUUCUUCCUUUUGAAGGAGGCCAUCAGUUUGAAGACUUACCUGUGCUUAGACGGAGAGGGAAGCAGAAGGAGAAAGACUACAAGUAUACGAUACCCAAAAGUUUACUGACUGCGUGGAAAGUCAGUGUGACAGAAGCUGAGUAUCUACUUCCUGGUCGACAAAGGAACACUGAAAGUGUGCUUUCAGUAUCCAUCAAUGGAGAGGAGCGUGUACCCAGCCCACUCCCCACUGAAAAGCCAGAGGAGGCCCCCUCUCCCACUGUGGACUCUGGCCGAACCCCAUCUCCAAAUAUGCCCCCCAAUGAAAAUGAACACCAUCUCAUAAAAAACUCUACAGUUCAAUCCAACAAGAGCAAAGCUUGCAAGAAGAAAAAGAAAUGUUUGUCAGAUAUAUUUGGCCAUAUAGUUGGUGGAUCAAAGGAAUCAUCUACCGUCACAAACAUAACGGACAAGUUUCAUACAACAACUUGUGCACUGAAAGAAGAGCCAAAGGACUCCCCCUAUGCUGACCUGGACUCAGUUCCAAUGCUGCAUCGUCCUAAACGUACAGCAAUGUCUCCAAUACAGGAUGUAGACAGACUGGUCAGAAAACAGGGUUCAUCAAAAGCUAAAACAAAGUUAACUGAAAAGAUGAACCAAUGUACAGAUUCCUGUGAUAGCAUUUUAACAAAUAAAUUGACAUCUAAAGAUACAAAUUCUGAACAGAAUUUGGGCAGCUGUAAUGAACUGUUGUACAGUUCAACUGAAAAGCACUCUAUGAACCUUCCUGCCAGCAGUCGUCUGAUGACGAGGGCUCUGAAAGCAGAGGAAAAGACAGAUCUCAAAGACGCACUGGCCACAAGCCAAAUCUCAACAGAUACUCAUAAUGAUGAUUGUACUAAUAAUACAUCUACUAAUGCACCAAUCAAAACUGAAAUGUCUCCUAACUGGGGAUCCCCCAGCAAUGCAUCUUCCUCUACCGAUCACAGCUCUCCAAAAAGGCGUGCAAGGAAGCCUGAUAAGAAACUAAUUCGUAAUGGCUCAUUGAUAAAGUCUAAGUGUUCAGGCUCCAGUGUAACCACUGUGCAACCUGUUAAGAUCAAAACGGAAAAUGUUGCCCCAGAUCUUUCAACUUCUUCUUCCCCGUCCUUGUCUCUGUCUCCCAUGGAAGCCUUUCAGGAUGUCAAGGAACUAAUGUUUAAAUCGCUUGUGAAGGAGGACAGCAGUGACUCUGAGCUCACUGCAUUUCGGCCUGAUUCCAAUUAUAAAUUCAGUACUUUUUUGAUGCUGCUGAAAGACAUGCAUGAUAUCAGAGAAAAAGAAGGUAAACCCCUGACUCUCCCGCCAUCACCAGUCCUGAUCAAGGAGGAACCCUUGGUCAUCCCUACUGCUACUGGGGGUGACCCACUUAAGGGUUCUAAUGAAGGUUUUACUCAAGGGAUUAAAACAGAAAAUGGCCACUUGAGAAAAUCCACAAUACCCAACAACACAGCAGCGAAAACCAAGAACAGGACUAAAGCUAUCAUGACAGCAGACACCUACCACUGUGAAGACUUUCCUGUUCACUCUCAGACUGGGAGCUCAGACAAGCAGCGCAGAAAACAAAGACUACCGGCCAAACUGAAACUCAGCAUACCUGGCCUUUCCUCAGACCUGGCUGACUUGGCUUAUGGCAGGGAGUUUGUUAGUGGCCACGCUGACUUAGCUGAUCCUGGAUCUGGUCCUCCCGUCGCUGCUGAUCCCUCGGCCAGCUACCUCAACAAGAACUCAGAAUCCACAGUGGCUCCAAAGAAGCGCUGGCAGGUGGUUGAGGGGGCUGCAGAGAGUAAGGGAGGGGGUAUGAGUGAGGCGUCUGCUGAGAUGAAUGGGCCUUACACCACAAGGCCGUCACCAGAUCUUGAUCUGGGAAUUGAGAAGCAGGCAGAGAAUGACUCGCACUUCCUAGAGACAAGCAGCACAGCCGGGCAUUCAGAGAACAAACGUUUGCGGAAACCAACUAAAAGGCUCCUGGAGUCAACUGAGGAGUAUGAACAAAUAUUUGCCCCAAAAAAGAAAUCAAAGAAACACACCUCAGAAUCUUCCAAAAUGCAGACAUCAGGGAUGACAGCACUCCAUGAUCUCAGUACCACACCAGGAUCUGUUACCUCAUGCUCAUCUUCUCUAGAGCCCACAGAGGCUCUGACUGAGCCUGAACAGAGUCCAUCUCAGGACGAGCUUUCUCCUGUAGCAUCCUCAGUAUCCCCAGCCGCGACCCAACCCCCCCUUGACACAGAGACAGCAGAAGAAACUGAUCUACCUCCUGAAUCUGACACAGGGUUAUUAAUCCAAGAGAGAAAGAGGCCAAGGAAGCUGUCACACAAGGUGCUGGAAUGUCCCAUAGAAGAAGUGUCUGUAGCUCCUAUAAAAAAGAAGGAGCUAAAGCGACACAGUGCCGUUACCUCUGAGGUGAAGGUGUUGGUCAAGAAAACUCAGGUUGCAUCUGUGAAGAAAGAGAAGCCUACACCCACCACAUCCUCAGCCCCUGCUGUCGCCUCCCAGCACUCGGAGAGCAAAGACGUUCUCGGUGGACCCAGUCCAAACAGUCCUCCCAGCCCCCGGGAGUCUAAGACCCCCAAGCAGGAGACAGAGAUGGAGCCCUCCAGCACUGAGGAAAAAACAAAUGUACACACUGGAACACUAACUCCCAAACCUGAGGUACAGUCUGUGGGGUUGAAUGACAGCCUCUCUUCCCAUGUGGAUAUAAAAGGGAAAAUAGGAGCAACAUCCUUAAAGGAGAAUGUUUGUCAGGUAUGUGAGAGGACAGGAGACCUGCUGGUGUGCGACGGCCACUGUUAUGGAGCAUUUCACCCGCAGUGUAUAGGCCUGUCAGUGGCUCCCAGGGGAAAAUUCCUCUGUCGUGAAUGCAACACUGGUGUCCACACAUGCUUUGUAUGUAAGAAGUCUGGUGAUGGGGUAAAGCGCUGUAUGAUACCACUGUGUGGGAAAUUCUACCAUACAGACUGUAUAUUGGGCUACUCUGCAACCCAGCCACAUAACAAAGGCUUCCGCUGCCCUCUGCAUGUUUGUCUGUCCUGCCACAUCACCAACCCUCUCAACGUCUGUAGCUCUAAGGGUCGGCUGGCUCGAUGUGUGCGCUGCCCUGUGGCUUACCAUGCCAAUGACAACUGCAUGGCAGCAGGCAGUUUGGUGCUGGCAAACAACAGUUUCCUCUGUCCGAACCACUUCACUCCCCGCAAAGGCUGCAAGAACCACGAACACAUCAAUGUUAGCUGGUGCUUCGUCUGCUCUGAAGGGGGCAGUCUGCUGUGCUGUGAGGCCUGUCCUGCUGCUUUCCAUAGGGAAUGUUUGAAUAUGGAGAUGCCUCAGGGCAGCUGGUUCUGCAAUGACUGUAAAGCUGGGAAGAAGCCUCGUAUUAAGGACAUACUGUGGGUCAAAUGGGGACGUUACAGGUGGUGGCCUGCAGAAGUCUGUCUGGCCAAAGAUGUUCCAAAUAACAUCUUGAGAAUGAAACACGAGGUGGGAGAGUUCCCAGUCCAAUUCUUUGGCUCCAAAGAUUUUGUGUGGACAUACCAGGCCAGAGUCUUCCCUUACAUGGAGGGUGACACUCACAACAUUGAGAAAAUGGGGAAGGGUGCAGAUGCAGUGUACAAAAAGGCCCUGACUGAAGCAGCAGAGAGGUUCAGAGAGCUCCAGGCAGAAAAGGAAAUGAGGCAGCUUCAGGAGGACAGAAAGAAUGACAAGAAACCUCCUCCAUACAGGCACAUUAAGGUAAACCGGCCAAUUGGGAAAGUCCAGAUCAUAACAGCUGACCUAUCAGAGAUCCCACGUUGCAACUGUAAAGCCUCUGACGAGAACCCCUGCGGCAUCGAUUCAGAGUGCAUUAACCGCAUGCUGAUGUAUGAGUGCCACCCCCAGGUGUGUGCGGCAGGGGAGCGAUGUCAGAACCAGGCCUUCACAAAGCGCCAGUACACAACUGUGGAGAUUUUCAGGACACUAGGUUGCGGCUGGGGUUUACGUGGUGUGUCAGACAUCAAGAAGGGAGCCUUUGUUAGUGAAUAUGUGGGAGAGGUGAUAGAUGAAGAAGAAUGUCGAGCCAGGAUCAGACAUGCCCAGGAGAACGACAUCUGUAACUUCUACAUGCUUACACUGGACAAGGACCGGAUCAUUGAUGCUGGGCCCAAAGGGAACCAGGCUCGCUUCAUGAACCACAGUUGCCAGCCAAACUGUGAGACCCAGAAGUGGACUGUGAAUGGGGACACCAGGGUGGGGCUGUUUGCUCUACAAGACAUCCCAAAAGGUGUGGAGCUGACUUUCAACUACAACCUGGAAUGUCUUGGGAAUGGGAAAACUGCCUGUAAAUGUGGAGCACCCAACUGCAGCGGUUUCCUUGGUGUCAGGCCAAAGAACCAACCGUCAGCAGAGAAACUGAAACUGAAGGAGGGAAAAAGAAAGGUUCCCAUGAAGAAGAAAACCAAGCAAGAAGUGACCAAGGAAAGAGAAGACGAGUGUUUCAGCUGCGGUGAUGGGGGACAGAUUGUGUCCUGUAAGAAGCCAGGCUGCCCGAAGGUCUAUCACGCUGACUGUCUCAACCUGGCCAAGAGGCCCGCAGGGCGGUGGGAGUGUCCGUGGCACCAGUGUGACAUCUGCGGAAAAGAGGCAGCUUCAUUCUGCGAGAUGUGUCCCAGCUCUUACUGUAAGGAGCAUCGUGAAGGCAUGCUCUUCAUUUCCAAGCUGGAUGGCAAAUUGUCCUGCAGUGAACAUGACCCCUGUGGGCCCGACCCGCUGGAGCCAGGAGAGAUUCGUGAAUACGUGCCCAACACGACCUCUGUGAGGCCUGGGGCAAUGUCUGUGCCCAUCACUCCCUCGCUGGUCCCAGACUCCAGAAGAGCCAGUUCCUCUGCUGCUCCCAUCUCUUCCCCUGCUGGUCAGGCUCCACUGGGCAGGCAGGAGCCUCCUCCUCGUCUCUACAUCAACACAAAGACUGCUACCUCGAGCUUCAUCCCUUCCAGCAGGUCUCACCUCAGAGACAGGACUGAGGGGAAAGCGUUCUCCACUCCUACCUCCUCCAAGGAUGAGAGAGAGGAUGGUGAGGUGGAGGACGGGGAGGUGUGCGGGUUAGAGGUGGAAGAGGUGGAGGAGGUGGAAGACGACGACGACGACGAUGACGACGAGGAAGCAGAAGAGGAAGAGGAUGAAAUGGAGGAGAUGGAGAUAGUGGAAGAUGAAGAGGAGGAGGAGCCACUGUAUGGAGGGGACAUGCUGGAGGAAGAUGACGAGGAUGAGGAUGAGGACGACAACGACGACGAAGGGGGGGAUGUGUAUGACACUUGGGAUGAUUAUGUGGAUGAAGAUGCUGAUGAUGGAGAGGUGGAGGACUUGGAGGAAUGGGGGAGAGUGGAGGAUGAUGGUAAAUGACUCGGCCCAUCCAUUCCUUUAUACAUACUCAACAAAAACUCUCAAUAGACAUUCAAAGGACAAAAAGAGUUUGAUAUUUUGGUACCUACUUGAACGCAACACUGCCUUCACUUUGGUACUACGUUGCCUUCUCAUCCACUGCUGGACUGGCGGUGCGGAUGUGUACUGGUGCUAAGGCUCGAGGACUGAUUCAGUCCAUCUCUUUAUACUUCUGUCAAUAUGUUUAUUUGUGUCUGGUGCUGUUAUGUUCUUUUGUUCUUUCUCUCAUUAUUGUUUACAUUUUUUGGCCUUUUUUAAAUGUUUGGAAUAUAAGAAAAAGUUGAGAAGUUUCACCUGACCAAACUGUCACGAUAAGGGCAUCUUAUGUUGUUGUUACUGUCUUAACCUUGUCUUUCUAAUUACAAGAGUGAUAAAAAAUAGUGUUCUCACUGGUCCAUGUUACAGUUAGGCACAACAAUACCUGCUUGAUGCUUCUGAGGAAUGCAAAAUAAACCCACUGGAGUCAUCAAGACUGAAAUGAUUCUUGUCAAGAUAAAAAAAAAAAAAAAAAAAAACAGCCAGUAGUUUUUUUUCAUUGAUUUUACUAUUUCUGUUAAUGCAUCCUGUUUUCUCUCCAAACAGGUAGGUCAGAGCUCAGGAUCGGACACACACAGAAAUAAAAGAAUGCCGUGACAUUGCACAACCAAAAUAUGCAUCACAUAUAUCUUUAACAUUGGUUUUACACCCAUCACUGCUGUCCCAUUAACAAAAUUAGAAUAAAGUCAAAUUACUUAUUC